CUCGUCUCUUCCACACCUCAAAACUCCAUACAUGCCAUCCAUGGCCUCUCUUCUCGCCAACAAUCCUCUUACUCUUUCCCCCUUCCAGUCAUCUUCUCUUACAAAAAACUCCCUCACACCUUUCCUCCAACCCUUCAAGUACUCCAAUAUUACAAAAACCCCCUCUUCCCUGACAAUACGAUCAGACGCUGGAAGCGUCUCCUCCUCUCCCACCAUCCGUCCCACUCCCUCGUCAGACCCGAUCCAAAAACUCCUCCAACGCGACUAUAAAUGGGGAUUCACCUCCGACUUCGAUUCCUUCUCCAUCCCCAAAGGCCUAUCCGAAGCGACGGUUCGUUCGAUCUCAGCCCUAAAAUCCGAACCCGAUUGGAUGCUGGAAUUCCGGCUCAGCGCCUACCGUCGGUUCCUGUCCAUGCGCGAGCCGAAGUGGUCGGACAAUAUCUACCCUCCGAUCGACUUCCAGUCGAUCUCUUACUACUCCGAGCCGAAGCAGAAGCCGAAAUUGGACAGCUUGGAUGAAGUGGAUCCGAAAUUGCUUGAGUAUUUCAAUCGGCUGGGGGUCCCACUCAAUGAGCAGAAGCGGCUGACGAACGUUGCUGUGGACACUGUCCUGGACAGCGUGUCGAUCGCCACAACGCAUCGGAAGACGCUGGAGGCAGCUGGUGUGAUCUUCUGCUCGAUCUCUGAGGCGAUCAGGGAGUACCCUGAUCUUGUCCGUCCAUACCUGGGCCGCGUUGUCCCGCCAGGGGAUAACUACUACACAGCGCUGAAUUCUGCUGUCUUCAGUGAUGGGUCAUUCUGCUAUAUCCCGAAGGACACGGAGUGCCCGAUGGAUAUAUCGACGUACUUCCGGAUCAACGCUCUCGAGACGGGCCAGUUCGAGCGGACACUGAUUAUCGCUGAGGAGCGCAGCUUUGUGCGGUACCUCGAGGGGUGCACCGCACCGUCGUAUGACCGGAACCAGCUCCAUGCGGCCGUUGUGGAGCUGUACUGUGCAGAGGGUGCGGAGAUUAAGUACUCAACGGUGCAGAAUUGGUAUGCAGGGGAUGAAAAAGGGAAGGGUGGGAUUUACAACUUUGUGACAAAGCGGGGGUUGUGUGAUGGGGCCCGGUCAAAGAUCUCCUGGACCCAAGUUGAGACGGGCUCCGCGAUAACGUGGAAGUACCCAAGUGUGAUUUUGAAGGGGGACGAUACGGUUGGAGAGUUCCAUUCAGUGGCACUGACGAAUAACUAUCAGCAGGCGGACACAGGGACUAAGAUGAUACAUGUGGGGAAGAACACGAGAAGUAGGAUCGUUUCGAAGGGGAUUUCAGCAGGGAACUCGAGGAACUGUUAUAGGGGGCUGGUGCAGGUGCAGCCAGGGGCAGAGAAUGCGAGGAAUUUCUCGCAAUGUGAUUCGAUGCUGAUUGGGGACAGGGCAGCCGCAAAUACGUAUCCGUAUAUUCAGGUGAAGAACCCUUCAGCCCGCGUCGAACACGAAGCCAGCACCUCUAAAAUCGGCGAAGACCAGCUAUUUUAUUUUCAGCAGAGGGGCAUAGACCAUGAAAAGGCCGUCGCAGCUAUGAUCGGUGGGUUCUGCAGGGAUGUCUUCAACGAGCUCCCCUUGGAGUUUGCAGCCGAAGUGAAUCAGCUCAUGAGCUUGAAGCUUGAGGGAUCUGUCGGGUAGAAAUCAGCCACUGCUGUUCUGGUUGUUUAUAUUCAGAUUCCUUCCUGAUGUGACAUACAAAUGGAAUUUCUUCCACUAUAAGAAGUUUUAUAUUGUAAUAUUGUCGAAUUGUGAAGUCGUUUUUGUAUCUCUUUAUAUACAUAGCUGUUGAAAGUAAAAUAAUGCAUCACAGUCAGCAAUAAGUUUCA